GGAGCACGGGAUGAUUCACCCUCCCGUGCCAUCUGUUCUCCCAAAUCGAUACUCGUCGGUAACUACGCAGUAUUUUUCAAGGCUACUCAAAGCCUAUCUGUCAUCGGGGAACAAUAUUUACUUAUUUUGCACUGAUUUCGCGGAACGCCCGUUAAUUCUCACAGCAUAUGGCGCUACCAGAUUACAUAAGCCGACUGCCAUCAGGUUUUUCGUGGUUGGCGAUUUUUUGUGCCCGGAAGUAAUAUAGAACUGGAUUAGUCACUGGCGUCACAGAGGGUGUCAUGCAAAUGCUGCUGUUUGGAUAACUGAGCGCCUGACGAAACACAUGUUUCCGCCGAAAUCGGGUAUCUACGUCAGUUCCGAUCUGGGUUGCUGGUUCACGUGACCGCUCCCUUUUUGGUUGUUUUUGUUUGGUUUGGGCUGUGAAACGUCCGAAGAGAUUAUCAGACUAAUUCAUCAAAAUGGAACGGCAAGGACUCAGUGAACGACAGGCGUUGGAGCGAGCGCACUAUUCGCGUUCCUUCUCCUGCUCGGCCUGCGCUCCGGCCGCUGAAUCGGAUCCCAUCGCGAUCCGUCCCCGCCGCGACAGCAGUCUGUCCGCCUCGGCGUCCAACUUCUCCUGGCCGUCGCUGUCGUCGAUGGCCUUGAUGAACGGCCUGCACCUGGACGAGAGCCAAGCCGACGACAUGCCGGUGGCGCUGCACCACGUGCUGCCCCCCAGCCCCGCGCCGCAGCACGCCACGCCACCCGUCAACGGCGUUGCCAACGGCCACGCGCAUCACAACGGGCAGAGCAGUGUGCUGGAGAACGGGGAUGUCCGCAGCGGCGCCCCGGCGCAGCGGGCCUGGAAACCCUUCCUGAUCGGUGUCGCCGGCGGGACGGCCUCGGGCAAGACGUCGGUCUGCCGCAAAAUUAUGCAGAAGAUGGACGCGGACCAUUUGGAGCACGGACGCGUGAUAACCAUCAGUGCAGACAGCUUCUACCGUGUCCUCUCCAAGGAGGAACGCGAGCAGGCCCGCAUCGGCGAAUUUAAUUUUGAUCAUCCAGAUGCGCUGGACUACCCGCUAAUUCUGCAGACGAUGCGGACGAUUCUGUCGAACCAGGUGGCGGAGAUCCCCGUGUACGACUUCGUGACGCACUCGCGGCGGCCCGGCGAGUGCGUGCGCGUCUGCCCGGCCGACGUGCUGCUCUUCGAGGGCAUCCUCGUCUUCUACUUCCCCGAACUCCGCAACAUGUUCCAGCUCAAGCUCUUCGUCGACAUCGACGCCGACACGCGUCUGGCACGCCGCGUGGUGCGGGAUAUCGCCGAGCGCGGCCGGGACCUGCCCUCGGUGAUCCACCAGUACACGCUCUUCGUCAAGCCGGCCUUCGAGGAGUUCUGCCAACCCACGAAGAAGUACGCCGACGUGAUCAUUCCGCGCGGCGCCGAGAACGAGGUGGCCAUCAAUCUCAUCGUGCAGCACAUCCGCGAGCACCUCCUCCCGCUGGCCGCCUCGGAGAACGGCAGUCCGCGCCGGGCGUCGGAGGAGGCCGAGCCGCCGCUCACGCCGGAGACGGCGCUGCCCAACGGAUUGGCCGAGAAGACGCGCAUCCUGCAGCUGCAGCAGGACAACGGCCAGGAGCAGGCCUACGCGAAAAAGGCCGCCGGACGCGUCUAAAAACAUCGGCCUGUGCAUGGAGAAAUUGCCCGUUUAUGUGCAGUUUUUUUUUUGGCUUUCGAGAAUCUUCCGGCUCAUGUUGUUUUUUUUACUAAACGACAAUCCUUUUCCCCCGAAUCAGAAUUUAACCAGCCGUUUUUUUUACUGGUAUUAACCCGUGUUUUUAACGCCAGCCGGAAGUUGAUGGUUUUUUUUGCAUGCGGAAGAUUUAGCGGCGGAGAAGCGGAGACUUAAGUUAUUCCUUGGGGGUGGGCGUGGUCGGGAAGGUGGGGUUGUUGCAUUUGUUGGCGGAGAUGUGAGUACGUGUGGAGAAGCGCGAUGUGAUGUGAUCGAGGGCGAAGCGAGUCGGGAACGGCGCCGGCGAGGCCGGUUGCAACUGUGGACGAAUCACUUGUUUUCUUUACUUACCUUGUAAUAUAAAAUCAUGCAAUUUUAUUAUUAAUACUACUGUAAUAUCUGUGUCAGUGUAAUACGCGAAUAAACGUGGAAUUCAUCCAAUAAUACGAA